AUGAGCCCUCAUGUAAAGCAUCAUCAUGCCAGAGCAAUCCAGGAGCUUGCUCGACCCAUUGUCAAAGCCCCCACGGACGACAGCAGCGUUGGUGAGCAUGGUUGCUGUCCCAUCACUGAAAAGAUCCUUGACGAGAUUGUCAGUCAUGUAUAUGACGUUGCGAAGGCGACGGUACCUGGGUAUGAUACCCAGGCUUUAAAACAACGUCUCGAAGUGUUUAUCAAAAAGCAUUAUCCCCAUUCUGCUGAAAACGACGCCAGCAAAUCCGACGAGGAAACCACUGGAGAAAAGAAUGCCGAGGUUGUCACCAAGGUCCAUGUCCAUCAAAAAAUUGCCCACGAAUUCGCUGCGAAGCUUGAGGAGAUAAGUGGCCUAAAUGGCCUGAAUGUUCAUGAUGUCCUAGCCAACAAAGACCAUUUCCACAAGCUUGGGCGCCAUAUCAAACGCCGUCUUGAACGCCACCAUGAAAUUGCCGGCGACAAUAUCGAUGAGGCUGACAAAGUCGCCUACAAACAUUACGACACAGUAUCUGAAAAUGAUUUCAGUGAAGUUUCCACAUACGAUAGCGAAGAGACGGACGAACCUUUCAUGGAGAAGGUUGAUGAUGGUGCCACACAGGCCCUUAGGAAAUUGGUCGACCAAGUCGCCUUCGAAUUCAUCAUCGAAGUGGUUGACAAACGAGAAAAAAGAAAGGAAAAGAAAAAACAAAAUGAAAAAUACGACUUCGGUUUCGAGGGUUUUGUCAAACUCUUUGACGACGCUGCCAACUUUUACACUGACUUCGACUUUAAGAGCUUUGUUAAGCUCUUUAAGCAUGCCACCAACUUAAACACUGGCCUUAAUUUGGAGGACUCUGUUGAGCUAUCUGAAAUUACCACCAACUUCUACUCUGACUUCGACCUUUGGGGCAUCGUCCAGCUCUUUGAGUAUGAGGAUGGCUAUGUCAUGGUCGAUCGCAACACAAUGAUGCCGUCUGCCACCGAGAUCACUGGCAAGGCGGCGGCAAGGACUAGAACUUGGGGGUUCUUUCGACGAGACUGA